UGACCCAUUAUAUUUAAAGUGGUACUGACAGUAUUAAUGCCCUGUUCUGAACAGAAGGUUAGUCACAAGUGUCAGGUGAUUCCAGCUUUGAGGAACUAACAGUAAAGGGGUCAAGGAGUAAGUGAAACUGAGUUCUGCAUAGUCAUAGCUGAGGCCUAACCCAGAUAUGGAUGCUGAUUGCCUGUCUCCUUUGGGUUGGUGGAAGAGGGGCUCCCUCUGUCCUGAAAGUAUGGACCAGGUUGGCCUCUAGUGCUGGGUUUGACGGUGGUGCACACAGGUGGGGUUAGAUUUUUGACCAAUGAGAAACAUGCAUUUCAUGCCUUGUAAAUAACCAAGUAGAGCAAGUUUUGCUUAGCUAAUAUCCUCUUGAGUCAACUGCCUCAAUUUUCACGUGGUAACCAAGACUUUGUACCUCCCACUCAAAAGGCCACUGCCAAUCACAGCAUAGUUGUGAAAGCCAGUGACUAACAUGGGAGCGGAGGUGUCUGAGUCAGGUUCGGGGUGGGAUUAUCUUAGUUAAGGGAAGUACAACUUUCAUUUCCUCUUCCAAGAGGAUUGAGGAAGAAACUAGCACAGCCCAGCUGGACUCUGAACUAUUCUACCAUGAGGCUCCAAGUGCUUUGCUUGGUCUCACUGGGACUGCUUGUAGUCCAAGGAGCAGGGAAUGACUGCCCUCACAAGAAAGCGGCUACUCUUCUGCCAUCCUUCACGGUGACGCCCACAACUACAGAAAGCACAGCAAGCCCUACGACCAGCCACAAGCCCACCACUACCACUCACGGAAAUAUUACAGUUCAUCCAACAAGUAAUACUACCAGUUCCGGACCCUCAACUUCCACUCACAACCCUGCCACGACCACCAGUCAUGGGAACGUCACAGUUUAUCCCACCACAAACAACGGCACUGCUACUAGUCCAGGAUUCUCCACCACCACCGGCCCUCACCCUGGACCAUAUCCACCCUCUCCGAGUCCUCCAGGCACCAAGGGGACUCUCGGAAACUACACAUGGACCAAUGGCUCCCAGCCCUGUGCUCAGCUCCAAGCACAAAUUGAGAUCCGAAUCCUGUACCCAACCCAGAGUGGAGGAAAGGCCUGGGGCAUCUCUACAUUGAAUCCCAACAAAACCAAGGUCCAGGGGGGCUGUGUCGGUGCCUCUCCCCACCUGCUUCUCCUAUUUCCUGAUGGACAGCUCACCUUGGGUUUCAAAAAGGACCUGGAGCACAGCCAGAAUAUAGUCUACCUCAACUAUAUGGCCGUGGAAUACAACGUGUCCUUCCCACAUGCAACACAGUGGACCUUCUCCGCCCAGAACUCAUCUCUUCAAGAGCUCCAGGCUCCCCUGGGCCGAAGCUUCUGUUGCAGAAAUACAAGCAUAGUUCUUUCCCCAACUGUCCAUCUCGACCUGCUCUCCCUGAGGCUACAGGCUGCUCAGCUGCCCAACACAGGACACUUGGGGCCAUGCGUCUCCUGCACCGAUGACCAAUCCCUCUGGCUGCCUCUCAUCAUUGGCCUGGUCCUCCUUGGCCUCCUUGCCGUCGUGCUCAUUGCCUUCUGCAUUACCCGGAGACGGCAGUCUGCCUACCAGCCCCUUUGAGCAUUGGCUCCCCACAAGGAGCCACCCUCAUCUCUUCAGCGUGCCACUGACUCUACUGAGUUAUCUUCCUUCCCUAUUUUUAAGAACAAAAUUGGAGAUUUUGUAAUGGGGGUAAUUAAUAAACAUAAAUGUUAUCUUA